AACAAAAUCCUAUAGAAGAAAGGAAACAAAACAUAUUCCGUUUACAGUUACCGAUACAAUUUUUGAAAGAUUUACGAGUGACGAGGGUUAUUUUGAUAUUCUCAAUGUUGAAAUUUAUUGGUAAAGGAUGGCUGUACGAUUGGCGUCCGAUACAAUACGUACAUUGUAUGCCAUUAAAUGCAUGAAAAAGGAUAGCAAGCAUCGGUCACAAUCCCCAGUUUAUAAGGAUAAUACACCAAAUACGUGUAAAGAAGAAAAUAUGAGACAAACGUUGUCAAAAUCGUUCACAAGUUCCAUACAUUCUGAAUCCAGUGAUAACGCGCUUAUUUUUAAAGUUCAUCCAAGUGAUCUACCUCUACGGAACGAUGUGAAACAACGAACAGAAUGCAACGAGCUUAACGAUAUUUUAGCUAAAUGGAAUGUUUAUAAACCGAAGAAAUAGUGUUCUUAGAAAUACCUUUGGUCGUCCCAAUUCGUGUACCGACUUUCGUAUAAAUUGUCCAUAUAUUAUGUAAAAUAACGAUUCUAAUAAGUAGCUAUUAUAAUUCUCAUAGAUCUCAUAAUUAAGUAAGAAAAAAUGAAUAUUAAAAAAUUACUAGCAAGUGUGUCAAGAUAAGAGAUCUAUAGUAAAUUAUAUUUAA